AUGAACUUACGAAUUCAACUUUUGAGGUUCAUACACCAUGAUCAGGUUCUCGAGAAAGCGAUGCUACGUUUCUGCAAAGCGGUUUCAUUUCUACAUCGAGCAACUUUGAAACUCAAUGUGCCUGUCCCGAAUGGCUGUUAUUUUGCGAAUGUUAUAGAGGAGCUCACUGCUAGGGUUCCGCUCCUUUCUGACUUCCAUCGCAAUCACAACAAGCAGUCAAAUGACGAUGAUGCAACGACGACUCGUAAUCAUGGAUCUGACGCCAAUGAAAUGCUAGCCUAUCUCUAUGAAAUUGACUCGGAAGCUGGAACAAGAAUUAUGAAACGGUAG